AUGAACCUUUUUGGGAAGUAUAUGAGCCAAGAUUCAAUGUUUGAAGUUAGGUUCAAUUAUGAAAGUUUCAAGCUGAUGGAUAUGUUAAUGAAUGCUUCUCAAAAGGCAGGUUUAUUGAAUGUUACCAAAAGUAACAUAAUUCCUGUCAAUGGGAGCAAUUUAUGGGAACAAACUCCUUUCCAAAAGCCUUUGCCACCAAUAGCUAGAAGAAUGACAGGAAGACCUGCCACCAAAAGGAGAAGGCAUUCAAGUGAAAAAGAGACCAAGUUUGCUACUGCAAGAGUUAAAGUAUCCAGAACUGUGAGGUGUGGUAAUUGCUCUGAAUUUGGACAUAACAAACAAAGUUGCACAAGUGAAACUAGGCCAAGAGUUCCACAUACACCCCAAAAAAUUGGUAGGCCAAGGAAAAAUCAAGAGGAACAUGAAAGUGCAACAACUGAAACUCCAAUGAAUCAAAAUGUGGAUCCCAAUCAAGCAUCUAGUUCUAGGAGAAAGACUAGAAGGAGGAGUACAAAAACCAGUAAUGAGCCAAAUCAGCCAAUUGCUCAAAGGAGAAAAAUAAAUAGUAGAAGGGGUGAAGGUAGAGCUGGAGAUAAAGAGCAAAACCAGGAAAAUGGACAACAAGAGGUUGAUGAGGGUAUGGUCAGUCAAGUUAUAGAUGAAGUUGUUGAGGGACAAUCUAAGUCACGAAAGCUGAGUGAAAUUCUUGAUGAUGUUGAGAAUGGUAUAAAUGAAAUUCUUAGAGACAUUCAAGAGGAGGAACCUAAGUUUCUUGAAGGUAAUGCAGAUGAUGUUAUACCUGAGAAAAUCCAACUGAAUGAAGAAGAUGUAGCCAUGCUACUAGAGUCAGAAUACAACAUUGGUGAAAUUGAGGGGGGUAAAGGGAUAUCAAUGCCAUUAGAUGACAUGACACCUGUUGAACUUGAAUUACAAGAUCAAGAAGGGCAUCCAGAUGAUGUUGAGGUGUUUGUUGAUGAUGGAGGAGUUAAUGCAGGGGAUGAAGAAUGGAGUGAAGGUGAUGAUGAAGGAGUGGUUGCAGCUGAUAAUCAUGUAGUGGAUGAGGUACAACUAGAAGCAGGGAUUAAAGCUGAUGUUGAGGGAGUGGAUGAUUGUCACACCCCGAAACCAGAAUGGCGAAAACGUUCCGGGGUGGAGGACGUCAUGCGUAGUAUCACAACAAUUGUAUAG